UCUGUGGCUAUUUCCAUGACGUUUUGUUUUUGCACGUUUCAGAACUUGAAUGGCCGGAUUGUUAACCAUAAUGGUGAACAAGUGGGUGAGUGGUCAUCGCUUCCUGCCUUUGCCAGUGACAUAAGAAAUGCAGGACAUGGAAAAGGAAGCCCGACUAACAGUAAUCGUAACAGCGCGGCCAGCAGCGACAGUGGACGGGGAUAUAGUACAGGACAUUUAGACCACGCCAACGCUAACGUUAAGCCACCACAUAACUUUGCCAAUGUCCAGAUAAACAACAACAAUCGACUGUCCAGUCAGAGUUACGAGUCGGGGGUGUCGUCGCGACAGAGUUAUCACAGCACGUCCAGUUCCAGCGUGGGCAGUCUCGACCGACUGGAGGAAUCGGGACAAAUGAGCACCAUCAACGUCGCCGAACUGUUCAGGGCAGGCAUGCCUGACCAUGAGGUGAUGCGAGUCUGGCUGAGGGACCUCCGCUUUGAGGAAUAUUGUAUCUUAUUUGUCCAGGCAGGAUAUGACAUGCCUACCAUCUCCCACAUGACACCUCAGGAUUUAUCUGCUAUAGGGAUUACCAAGCCCGGACACAGGAAACGACUGAAGGCAGAAAUAGCUCGGCUGAAUAUUCAUGAUGGGAUCCCGGAUUUCAAACCCGUCGAUAUGAUGGAGUGGCUCCACAUGCUAGGAUUAGAACAGUAUUACAACACCCUGUCACAGCAGGGCUACACUGACCUUGACAAGGUCACGGACAUAACCUGGGAGGACCUGGAGGAAAUAGGCAUCCAGAAACUAGGUCAUCAAAAGAAAAUAACUUUGGCUAUAGAUCGUCUGAAAAGAAUCAAUGCCAACAGUAAACGACUUUCUUCAAUGGACAGGAGUGGACACAGUGAAAUAAUAGACCCACCCCCCCCCCGGGGCCACACCCGAAGGUCAGGGGAGGAUUACAUCCACGAGAUUCCAUCCUCACCAUUUAAAACAAAGAAAUCUUUCUCUGGGGACAAUUUAAACAGUGACCGUCUCUCACAAAAGAGUGACCGAUUCUCACAGCAUAGUGACAAUAGUCUGGAGUUUGUGUCUCACAGUCCAAACACCAGCUAUCAGCCGGACGUCGUGGCCAUUCAGGUUAAAAGACACGGAUCUCAAUCAGAAUCUCCGAAGGACAUGCCUGGUGCUAGGAUUUCAUCGUUUCAGGGACCGACUUCUGUAAGGGAGGAUCGAGACAGCACCCCCACAGCUGAAGAGGAGAUGGAACAGCAGCCUGCUCCCAUUGUUGCCCCCUCGGUGCCAAAAGCUGUGAUCAAACCAAAGCCAGUAGCCAAGAUCAUUGCCAAAACAAAGCGAAGCAGCAAAGAGACAUCGCCAGAGAUUAUAGACAUUGAGAAAUACGAGGCACAGAAAAAUCACGAAAUGGGGAUGAGUCCUGGAAAAGCCUUCCUUCUCAAUGCAGCGAUGCUGAAGAAGACGGGACAAUCUGAUCACAUCUAUGAUCAACCGAGAAUGCAGAACUCUCCUAAAUCUCCAAAGUCUCCCACACAUUCUUCGAUGUCCCAUCCGUUCCCUGCCAGCACAACAGCACCGGUUUUUGUCUCAGUCUCAAAUCAGAAUGGUUCACAACAGCCACAGAAUUCACCAACUAGUCGGAAAGUUCCCCCUCCUCCACCUCCCAAACGCACUAAUUCAAUCUCCAACAGGCAAGAUACAAACUCCUCCAGGUAUGCUGGAAGUAUUCCCAAGUCUGCCUUACAGAAUAAUGAUCAAAACGCUCAGAAGACUCCAGCAAUGCCUACUGGGAAUUCUUCUCAACAAACUCCCAGAAGGGGGUCCAUAGAAGAUGGUCAGAAACAACUUGCUUUUGCUUCUUGUGUUCAAAGUCUCUCAGUCAAAUUUGGCAGUAAACGAGUGGAGAAGAGUUCAGAGGAUGUGAACAGUUCUGAUGGAGAAGAUUUCCCCCCUCCCCCUCCUCCAAUAGCCAUGGACAUUAUCACUCCGAAAAUUCAUAACUAUGGAAUCCCCAGCAAGGAUGAUAAAACACCGGGUGAAUUAAGGGGAAUGGGAAAAUUAGGGCAGCCCCCCACCCCCACACCUAAUGAUAAACCAAACUCGUUCACUUAUAAAGCUCCUGUUCUACAAACAGUCAAAGAGAACCCAUCACCUCCCGUAGUCUCCAUGGUGCCAAACUUUACCAAGAAUCCCCCUGUUCUUAAUCAUGUGACUACCACUGCCCAAUCAAAAGACCAAGUUCAAACCUCUCCCAGAGUUCAACAUGUUUCUCAUGAACUCAAAAGAAAAGACUCGACAUCGAGUUCCGAUUCUGUAGUGUCAGCCUCCAGUGUAGACUCGAACACCUUGCCUUUCGCCAAUGAGAAUGUAGGAACAAUAAAACAACGUGCACCUCCAGCCAAGCCCUCCAUAGUGCCAAUCAACGAGAGUCCAGCUCAGGGUAACGGACAGGGAUUCCCCAACCAUCAACGAGUCUUACCCAGUGUUCCACAGAAACCGAGCAUCCCAGCUCACCUCAAGACACCAAACAAAGGACCAAGACCCUCAGUGGCUAUGAAGCCUAAUGCCUCACCACCAGUGCCAACCAAACCAAAAAUUGGUAAGAAGAAGGAUGAAGAUGUGUUGAAUGAUAUAGACAAUAUGUUACAAGGCCUGACAGAGGAAUUAGACGCAAUGUUGGAGGAGGAGCUAGAAAUCGACGAGUGAAUCUGUCACGGUUCAUUGAACAAAGUGGACAGGAAAGAAAACAAGGAUUUCAUUUCGAACAUCUUAUUUAUUAACAAGUUAUAAAAAGAUAUGGGGCUCUUCAAAAACUAUAUAUUAUGCUCUCAUUAUAAGUCAUCUGGAAUUUCAUUUCAAACAUCAUCUCAUCACUACCAGAAUGUCUUCUUUAAUUUCAUUGGCUGGACAUGGUGAGGCUUGUUUAAAAUAGCCAAUCACAAAGCUUCAUUGGAGGAGGUGUGAAUUUCAUCAUGUAUUUUCCUUAGGGAAACAGACUUAAUACUUAUGUGAUGUCAUUCAUAAGGAGAAGUUUAAAAACAAAUAAUUUCAAAGUCAGGAAGCUGUUUAUAUUGUAUAGAGCUAAACAUCCCCGUGCUUCUGCGAGUGCUUUGAACCAUUGCAUCAUGUCUUAAUUUAAAAUGUUCUAUUUUAAGUUGUAAACCUAGUCAGUUAUGUCAAUGAGGAAAUGUAUUUAUUGUGCCUGUGAUAUCUUCUUGUAUAUUAAGUGUUUAUACUGUGCUAAAGAUCUUUGAAUAUUAGUGUCAAUGUACAUGCCUUAAUUUGCCACAUAAGUAUGACUUUGUUUCAUGUUCCAUAGAAAUUUAGGUCUUUUCUGCAGUUUGGUUAUUUUUUAAAUGCAUUUUGAAUGACAAAUUUUGUCCUUCAAGUAUUUCUUUCAGCAGUGUAGUGUCAGGUUUAAUCAUAUGUAUACUUUCAUAUGGGAGACAAAUAAUGAACUAUGCAGUAUUAUCUAUGUACAGUUAAUUGUUACACAUCUACCGGCAUUUCACUGAAUGUCUAAGGCAUAUUUACUCUGGGAAAUAAUGCUAUUGCAGUAAAUGGCACCAUCUAAGAUCUGUUUAUUCCUGUCAUGUUAUUUUUUUCUAAAAAAUGAUUUUCAGAAGGACUUAUAAAAGGGUUAAGUUUCAUUUAAUCCUAUAAAAUAUUAUCUUUCUGUAUUUUGUGAUCUCUCAAUGUUCAGCCAUUUUGCAAUAAGUUCUGACACUGUUUGAUUGUAUGGUUGUGACAUAAUCUUUGGCAUAAUAAUGUUAGUUAUGAUCUUGGAAUGCACAAUGGUUAUAUUCAGUUCUUAUUGAGAAUAGUGGUGGUAAUUUAGCUAUAAGGAAAUUAGAGUGUGUAGUCGCUAUAACGGUCAUUCUAGCCUUAUUUUCGUACACCAAUUCUUUUGAAACAUUUUCAGUUAGUGUAACAGUUACUGCAUAUUCAACAUAAUUCAGGGAACAUGGAUUUUAUGAGCUACUUAAGCUGAACAUUAUAAGUUGAGCACCACUGGUCAGUUUUUAAAAGAGAUCAUCAGCAAUAAAUAUUUUAAGGGAAUUAUGUCUAAAAAUGACUUCAAAGACACCAGCUUUUGUCACACAACAAAAUAGGUUUUAUAUGAAGAAUAUAAUCAUUUCAUACAAGAAUUAAAUAGACAAGUCUGAACUGAAUUAUUGGUUUUUAUUUCGUUACCUUUGUUGUUUACUAAAUAAAAAAACUUAAAUAUUGUUUUUAUCAAUAUUUUCUAUUUAUACAUAUAUUGAAAUGUUACCUUUUCUGUACUAUUUCAAGACUACAAUUCAGAUCCUCUUUGGACAUGACAUUAGACAGAUAUUCCUAUUUAUAUAGAUUUUUAACUCACUUCCUACAUUCAUAUUUACUAUGCUGUCAUUAUUUAAGUGCCUGAGAGUAUUUUAUUAUGUUAAGGGGAUAUAAUUCUGGUAGUUUUAAAGAUAAGGGAGAUAAAUGCCAAAAUUGUAAUAAUCCCAAUAUUCAGCACCUGAGAGAAUGCUGUGAAGCUAUCAGGAGCAUUUGGAGUUUGUUAUUUUGUGUUAUGUUAUUGUUACUGUCUUAAUACAAAGCUGUACCAAACAUACAGCUCAUCAAAGAUGUAUACAAAUAAAAUAAAUGUCUCAGAA